CUGAAAGAAGACGAUGGUGGAGACUCUGUCGGUGGCUGUCCUGGGAGCCCCGAAGGUGGGCAAAACGGCCAUUAUCCGUCAGUUCUUAUCCCACGACUUUACAGAGACUUACAGCCCGACGGAGCGCCGCCGUACCUACCGGCCCUCUGUCAUUUUCAACGGGAACAUGUACGACAUGAAGAUUAUGGAUGUCCCUUACUUGACGGCGUUCCCAGCAAACAGCUCUCAGGAGUGGUCAGAUCUGAAAUCCCGAGGGCUGAGGAAGACUGAUGCCUACGUCCUGGUGUACGAUAUCUACAGCCCAGAAAGCUUCGAGUAUGUGAAAAUGAUCCGUCAGCAGAUACAGGAGAACAGGGCGAGCAGCACGGGCGAAGCCCCCAUCAUUGUGGUGGGGAACAAGCGAGAUCUGCAGCGCCAACGCUUCUCCCCCCGCCGGGCCCUCUCGCUGCUGGUCAAGAAGAGCUGGAAGUGCGGCUACAUGGAGUGCUCGGCCAAGUUCAACUGGCACAUCGUCCUCCUCUUCAAGGAGCUCCUCUGCAGCGUCUUGGCCCGAGGCUGCAGGAACAACCACUCUGCCAUGCGCCUCCAGGGGGCGCUGCACAGAAACAGGUGCAGCCUGAUGUGAGGAGACCCUGCCGGCCACAAGGGGGCGUGCUCACAGAACAAUGGAAUUGUAGAGUCGGGAGGGUCGUCUAGACCAACCCCCUGCAAUGUGGUGCCCCCCCGCCCAACACCUUUCCAAGAGGUUCGGACAUUGGAGCAGUAGUGGGAAUCUGAGGGCCACAUCUCGGCCACCAGGGCCGUGUUUGCCCUUGAAAUCCCCUGGGGGGUUCUGCUUGGUGUGAUGAGCACCUUGGAGGGGUGUGUGGGAGUGGAG